GCCGACAGGGCUGGUCUGCACGCGAAGGAGAGGCAGCGUUUCAGGAUGCGCUGCCUGGCCACGCCGACUGUGCUGCGGGCCCUGGCCCAGGCCUCACAUGCAGGCCAUUUCAGUGGCCGAAGCGUCCACAGCACCUCCCUGGCGGCCACGUACAAGUACGUGAACCUCCAGGAGCCCAAGAUGGACAUGAAGUCGGUGACUGACCAGGCAGCUCAGACCCUGCUGUGGACAGAGCUCGUCCGAGGCCUGGGCAUGACCCUGAGCUACCUGUUCCGGGAGCCCGCCACCAUCAACUACCCAUUUGAGAAGGGUCCGCUGAGCCCACGCUUCCGCGGGGAGCAUGCCCUGCGCCGGUACCCCUCAGGGGAGGAACGCUGCAUUGCCUGCAAGCUCUGCGAGGCUGUCUGCCCUGCCCAGGCCAUCACCAUUGAGGCGGAGCCGCGGGCGGAUGGCAGCCGCCGGACCACCCGCUACGACAUUGACAUGACCAAGUGCAUCUACUGCGGCUUCUGCCAGGAGGCCUGCCCUGUGGACGCUAUCGUGGAGGGCCCCAACUUUGAGUUCUCCACGGAGACACACGAGGAGCUGUUGUACAACAAGGAGAAGUUGCUCAACAACGGGGACAAGUGGGAGGCUGAGAUUGCCGCCAACAUCCAGGCCGACUACCUCUACCGGUGAUGCGCCCCGCUGCCCGCAGCCCCGCUGCCCAAAUAAAAGUGCUCUAAUCCCCCCAC